AUCCAAGACCCAUGUUGAGGUUUCAUUUACAUACCUUCCUACGUGGAAUUGUCCUCAAUUGCAGGGUUAAAGUGUACUUUGGCUCCCUCUAGAUAAACUUUGAUUUUGUCUGACUGUCAUUAAAAAACUGAUAAGUUCUACUGUUCAACAAGGUCUGCAUCAUUGGCCUCUGACUCCAGGUCAGCUUCUCUGCCAAACCUCAGCCUGAGUCAUUAAAGCAGCUAAAUUGGAGUAUUAAUCUUUGAUAUCUGUCAACAGCUAACUCCUCCCAAACCUAAUCAUAGCCUUUAAUACAAGCUGCAUGACACAACACACCAGCCCAGCCGCAGAAGUUCUACUCUCCUGAGCCCGAUCUGCAAACGGCAUGAGGACUCUUCAAGAAAGGAUCGUUGUUCUCUCAGUGUUUCUGACUCUGAUCUGUACAAUCCAGGUGGAUUCACUGCCUGUACCUACAGCCUGGAAUGGUUUGAUACAGCGGACCAAGCGGUCUCUCCUGUGGCGCUGGAACAGCAUGAAGCCUGUGGGAGCCAGCUGCAGGGACCACUUAGAGUGUGGCACAAACUACUGCAGGUAUGGCAAAACCUCUCUGAAAUUUAACACUUAAUCAGACAUUUGACGCAUUUUUGAACUUACUUUAACAUUAAUAUGAUGUGUAGCUCAUUAACUAUUUUAGGGUCUGUAUUUCUUAAUGCUUUGGGGCUUUAAUGUGAAAUAAUAUAUGUUGAUCCAAAUGACAUUCAAUGAUAUUGAAAAAACAUGUGACAAUGGUUGUAGUUUUCGCAACACUCAAAAAUCAUUGCUCUGUACUGUAUUUGUGCAGCGUGUGAGGUUUUGUCCACGACUGUUUUGCAUGGCUUGGACAAAGUCAAACAGUAAUUACACUGCAAUAAAGUU